AGCAACUCCUUCGGCCGCAGUGAAUCGAGGAUCGUCGAUCGGCGAAGACGCGGCGACGUUUCACACGCGAAGGACGCCAGCCAUCAUGGUCAUGGACACCAGCACCGUGCGUCUCGUGAUAUUCCUCGGGAUGUUCCUAAUGUUCGCCGGCGACUAUACAUAUCUGAUCUCCACGAUUUUCGGCAGACAAUCCGACCAGAAUCUCACAGAACCGAUCAAGAAUCCGGAGGAACUUGGGAACAAAGACGGUGUAACAUUGACGACCGUGAAGAAGGACGACGAGAAGGAGAACGCGGUCUCGAGACGAGCGCGAAUGAUGACGACCAUCAAGACAGCUUGCCUGCCUAAGCUGAUAUGCGAACUGACCUCGUCCGUGCACCAGGAUCAGCUGAGCGAAAUGGAACGGUCCUUGCUGAAUUUAAUCAGGGACACGAGCCUGAGCACGAUGGCGGAAGUGCCCUCGAGGUACCACUUCGCGGCGCAUAUGGGUCAACUGAUAUCCGGCAUGGAAGGUCAGGGGUGCCAUAAUUUCUUCCCCACCUGUCCGUUGCCCGGAUCCAGCGUUCUCAACAUGAUGAAGAAGAUUCGAUUACGCUGACGCGACCGAAACGAUCCACGUCGACGACCGACGACGAUGCCUGUGAUACCGCAGACGACCUUUCCUCCAACCUCGUUGCAUCGAUAACGAUUCGCGCGAUCCUCCGAGAAUUCACAAAUUCUGCAAAUCUCUUUUCUUCGUGAAAAAAAAGAAGAAAAAACACACACUUUUCUCGAGGCGGAAGUGCACGAGGAAACGUACUUACUUGCGACUAUUAAGCAACGGCUGAUUCGAUUAAUUGUAAAUGAAAAAAAAAAAACGAACGACAGAGAAGAACAGCUUUUGAGAUAUUUUGUUUGAAAUAUCCAAGAUAACGUUCUUAGAUCGUUCGAAGACCGUCGAGACUUACGUAGGCGCUAAGUGAUCUAUACUUAAGAAAUCAUUUUUAUCAAUUGUCGCGCGCGAAUCCAACGAACAAGCGGAUUAGCGUCGUUCGAUGUAAGAGACUACGCUUUAAAAGAGACUUCGAUAGUAUUCGAUCUAUCCCAGAGAUCUCGUACGUUCGCGAGCAAAAACACGAACACACUUCUGUCGAUUAUUUAUUUCCUCGCUGAUUAAAACAC